CUCUCUUUCUCCGCCCAGUUCUUGUCAACUUCAGUAUGGCAGAGGUCAUCGGUGCUCUCAGCGCAUCUCUCCACCUCACCGAAACGGUUGUGAAAUACUGCCGGUCGCUGAAGUCUGCGUCUAAGGACGCGGAAACUCUCGGUGAUGAGGUUGCAGCCGUGGCACAGGUCCUUCUGGCGCUCAGGGAAUCCCUUCAGCAGCCAACACACACCAUUUCGCUGCAGCGAACAUCAACAUUGUUUUCGGCGAUCCAAAACUGCCAAGCCCAAUUGAAAGGCUUGGAAGCCAGCCUGGCACCCCAUGUCUCAGGCAACAGACUCGAAAAGCUGUGGAGGCGCGCAACAUGGCCAUUGCAACACCAGGACACGACAGAAGCCGUCCGGACCCUCCAUCGAUAUGUCCAGAUUUUCCACUUUGCGGCUACUCUCGACGGGCUGGUUGCUCUGUCCCUCCCAAUGCACGACGCCUUGGGAAAGCUAGACAGCCUCCGCGCCUCGCUUGAAAGCGGGCAUCGACAAUCGGAAGCCACGCUUCAAGCAGUGGCAGAUGCUGUGAGGAUGCUUCCGGAGAUCGAACUACAGAUCAACAACUUGACCCAAAAGGUUGACGAGCUCGUCCUUGACCACGAUCUCUGCAAACUGCUUGCAAGCAUUCCCACGCUGGAAUUCAAAGACAGGCAUCGGAAUUUGCAACUCACGCGAAUGAAGGGCGGCAGCCGUUGGAUCCUUGAAGCCACUGCCUUCGUGGUAUGGCGAAAUGGGCGUUCGAGCGACAGGACAUUAUGGUGCAAUGGCGCUCCCGGCGCUGGUAAAACCUAUCUGGCAUCUGUCGUUAUCGAUGACCUCUUGGAGGUCUCACAAGUAGCCGAACGGCGAGUUCUCUACUUCUACUUCGACUAUAAGAAGCAAGGAGUCCAAACGCCGUUUAUGGUUCUGCAGACCCUCUUGCACCAGCUUCUAUCUACGUAUUCCAGCAUACCCCCAGAGGCAACGAAACUGGCCGAAGAUCUCGCCAAAGGUAGAGGCCUACCGAGCUGGAUAGACCUCAUGGCCCUAUUUAUCAGCUUUUGCAACAGCAGAUCCUCGAUAUUCAUUGUCCUCGAUGCUCUUGACGAGUGCGAUGCCGCGGCAAACCGAGGCCCGAUUCUUGAAUUAAUCCAAGGCCUCAAGUCGUCCAAGGUGCAAGUUCUGAUCACCAGUCGACCGUAUCCACCCGACGUGAACAGGGUUCUCGGCGACUGCCCUCAAGUGCUUGUCGAGGCAUCAGACAAGGAUAUUGAAGAUUAUGUCUUGGGCCAGAUUGAGUCCGACGUUGAGAUGAAGGAAAUGCUUGACGACUCUUUAAAACAAGUGAUUGUCAAACGUAUCCUAGAGAAAAGCCAAGGAAUGUUUCUUCUCCCGGCCCUGCAGAUCAACAACAUUCUUGGUCAGACCAACGCCGACGAGGUACAACACGCGCUGGAUACCUUACCCAGCGGGCUUGCCGACAAUCUGGCCAUGACCAUUGAGCGAAUCAAAAAGCAGCACUCUCAAAGUCAGACCCGCUCUAGACUGGCCUUCACGGUACUCCAAUGGCUCUCUACCGUCCGACGACCAAUUACGACCAAUGAGCUUCAGCACGCCAUCGCCACUCGACCGGGUUCCUCGCAGUUAGGGGCUCUCACAGACCCCAAGCUGUUUGUGCAUUGCUGCUUCGGCCUGACCAUCAUCGACAAAGAAACUUCAGUUAUCAGAUUGGUGCACUUCUCCGUGAACGAAUUCCUCCAAGAACGACGAGAUGAACUGUUUGACGACCCUGAUAGCACUUUGGCCGGAUCUUGUCUGACUUACAUGACUCUCUUCAUCGAGAAAGAGUCGCGGGCCGGCGACCAUCUGGAGUGGACGAAGGAUCCAGCCUCUAUUCGAGUCCACCAGUGGCCAUUUUGGGAAUACGCUGCCGGCCAUUGGGGCAUCCAUGCGGGGAGAUCAUGUGCUGGUGAGGCAGAGUCCUCUCUAAGAAGUUUCGCAUUUUCUCGGGAUUCCCUCAAACUCUGGUCGGAAUAUAUGAUCUACAAGCUCAAAGACAGGAACGGCCCAGCUGGAUCUAGUGAGUCGGAGCGGUUUGCGUCGUUUGUUUCACACGACAGUAGCCUGCUCCAUAUCGCCUCGAUCUACGGCCUUCAUCGGGCGGUCCAAGACUGUUUGACUAUGGGAUUCGAGGUUAACCAGCGAGAUGGAAAUGACGCCACUGCUUUCAUGCUAGCGGCGGGGAACGGCUGGGACUCUAUUCUGACGCUGCUGCUAGCUAAUGGAUCCUUGGAUGUCAAUAUUCGAGACCAGAAGGGCCGAACAGCACUCUGCUACGCGGUAGAGAACAAGCAGGAAACCACCAUACGUCUUCUGCUAGGUCAUCCGGCUAUUGAUGUGAAUGCCGGCAGAGCCCUGGAGUUUGCAUGCUGCUAUGAUGAGAGGGCAAAAGAGACCGAAGUCGUGGUUCCGUUGUUGCUCUCCCACCCCGACCUCAAUCUCCAGGCGCAGUCCCACAGGGUCGUAACUACGGCUGUCUUUGGAUUAGCCCGCAGCAUGCUCUUCGAUCUUUUGCGGACAUUGCUGCGCCGUCCCGACUUCCAGACCCGCCAGUCCAUGUUCGAGGAGAACGCGAUGAACGAUUUUUACAACUACUGGCUGAACACAGAUUAUGACAUUGACCUAUGGGCCAAGAGGUUAGAUCAGGUAUACCAAGUGCCCGGGUUAAUCGCUCUAGUUGAGAAAACUUUUGACAAAGGCUCGGGUUCCCUGGCGCCGAGAUUGCUGUGGUCGUUUGUGUACUACGCAUUUGCUGGCUAUCCCAGCCGUCCCGCCGAGGUGGAUGUUGACUCGGAUCUAGAGUUUGAUUUGGAUGAUCUGGAGCUAGAUAUGGAUCUGGAGCUAGAUGUGGAUCGCGAGUUAGAUGUGGAUCGCGAGCCAGAUGUGGAUCGCGAAUCGGAUUCCGAGCCGUCGACACAACCUGGUGUCGCAAAGUCAACAGAUCCGUGGGUCUACGGACUUGGGUUCUGGGAUAACUCGAGCAGUGACUUGCGCCGAGGUUUGCGCAACAAGUUGGAAGCCGAAGGCAUCUCCCUUUCCAGUCUAGACUCUAAGGGGCGGAGCUUCCUGCACAACGUCUGUCAGCUAGGCCCAGGGGGUGAGGCUGUCAUGAAGUUGGACUGCCUGCAGUUUCUCUUGGAGAAUGGAGCGGAACUGAAUCUUCGAGACGAGACCGGUCGAACGCCUCUCCACUACGCCGCUGCCAGCAGGGAAGACGUGGCACCUGAGAUCGUGGAAGCACUCAUUUUAGCUGGUGCAGAUCCACGGGCAUCAGACAACGAAGGGCGGACUGUGUUGCACUCCGCUGCGGCAGGCAAGAGCUUGGAGGUCCUGGAGCUGCUCGUUGAGAGAGGUACCGAUGUCAACGCAAUAACCAUAUCCGGUGACUCAGUGUUACAUGUCGUCGCCGAAAACGCAGAAAGUCCCCGCUCCAUGAUUGAGUAUCUGCUUGCAAAGGGCUGCCGCCUCGACGUCAAAAACAACAAUGAUAUGACCCCGGGAUUCGCCUCUGUUUGGGGAUCCCCGGAAAUACUGGAGACCUUUCUGGAUCUCGGCGAAGAUCCCUUCGCCCAAGCUUCUUUCGGAAAUUCAAUGUUUCUUAACUGCGUAUGGAUGCUCGGCCCCAAGGAGACAUCGCUUUGUCUCUCACACAAACCAUCCGAGGGAGACAUACCUCUGCACAGAGUUGGCUACUUUGGGAUGAAUGCCUUCGAUUUCCUGUCGAACUUCGAUCGCUCGGUCGCAACAGAGCUCGGAUUCACCACGCAGGACUGGUUAGCAUACACGCCGACGCCGCCGACGAUACGCCGGGAAUAUGCGUUGAAGUUUCUCCUACCCAGGAUCGUAGAAAUGCUCACUCCCGACGUUGACAGGAGACGUUUGCUGAGCGAAAGGGGGGCAAACCAGCUGCUCCACCUAGGUGAUGACCAAGGAGCGACCAUUUUGCUCGAGCAAUUUCUCGUGCCGGCGUCACGCUGCUCGGCCUCGCCAUAUUUCGAGGGAACCCUCCACUGCUCUACUUGUCGUAGCAACGACGCCCCGAUAUUCAAAUGCCGGAUUUGCCCGAGUGUAUAUUUCUGUGGGGAGUGUCGAGACGUCAUCCCGAGGAAACAAGGCAGCUAUACCGAUUCCACGCACUGCAAGGGUCACGAGUUUCUUGAGAUUCCGGGGAAGAAUUGGAGGAACUUGCCCGAUGGAAAGGUCAACCCCGAGGGUCAGACGAUGGAGGAGUUCCUGGAAGGGCUGAAAGACCGUGUGACGCGCGAACUCGGGAGCGGCACUUGCAGCGGCCGUGAGCUUCUUACUAAAUCUGAAAUACUAGAAGAUUCAGCCUCAUAUUAAUAAUCUCACAUUAAUUUUCAUGUUUGAAGCUCCACAGUCGGUUAUCUAGACAGCGCAAUUACUGCAAACCCUCAGACGAUAAACUUCACCAGGACGUCACGAUGUCGAGCGCAACGCUACUCCGAAACAGUACAGCGAUCGCCAAUUUGUGAGCACGAAGCCUCAACGUCGAAUUCUGCCCAGAAGGUAGCGUCUGGAAGAGCUCAACGUGUGGGUCGGUGGUCAUUUAGGCGGUGCUAUUGGAAUUAAGAUCUGUUAAGAUUCCCUGUGACGAUCCAACUAGCACUGCUUCAUGUUGAGAGAGAUGUUGAAGGAGGCAUGGAUAGCGUGGAAAGGCUCGAAUUCGAUACCCUUCCUCGAGAAGAUGGAACUUUCUAUACCUGUAUGAUGAUGUACUGUACAGGGAUCUGAAGGCGACGUGAAACAACUAACAAGUGGAUGCUCAGUCAACAACAACAAUUAUAUACUUUGAUGCUGUAGAACACGC